GGCGCGGGAGGGAGGGAAGGAGAAAGGGGAAAGUGGAAAUGCACGGAGCAGGACAAGUAGAUCGAAUACCAAAGAGAAUGGGUUCGGCCACAUUCGUCGAAGUCCUUCUCGCCAUCUUCAUUCCACCCGUCGGCGUUUUUCUCCGCUAUGGCAUUGGGAUCGAAUUUUGGAUUGACUUGGUGCUCACAUUUUUCGGAUACAUUCCCGGAAUUGUUUACGCCGUUUACGUCUUGAUUGGAACGCGAUGACUGACUGACCUUAUCGUCUUUUUCUUUUUCUUUUUCUUUCUUUUUUUUUUUUUUGGAUAAU